AAUAUGAAAUAUUUAUAUUUAUUAGCGGUAACUUUGCUUCUUCUUGAUAAUAUGUUGAUGACGUGUGAAGCAGAUCGUGUCAAACGCAAACCUGCAGAUCCACCAAUGAACAAAGAGAGUUGUGAAAUAAUGUGCGGCUUAAAUUGUACUCUAAAAUGUUUUGGACAGUUAUUCGAUUUCUGUUGCAAAUAUUUAAAAUCAUCAACUAAGACAGGUUCCAGAAGAGUUCUUCUUCCUAUUGAUUUCGUGUCCAUGACUCAAUGGAAGAAGAGAGAAGCAAAAUUGAGAUGGACUAAAUCGUUAGUCUAAUCUAGAUAGAAUCCUAGACGCGACACGAUGAAAAGUUAUUUUAAUAAAAAAUCA